UUCAGUCUGUUUCAGUUCGUGUGCUUGAUUCUUUCAGGUUUUGUGUUUUCGCUGCCCGAUUUAUCGAGGUACAAGGGUAACGCGCGAAACAGUGCUGAUUUGUGAACCAUUGUAGUUUAUGGUGAAGAAUUAUGCCCUCGUGGCGGCGAAAAUAUGUUUUUCUGACGCUAAUCGUCUAGCCCUACACCUGGGAGGCUGGGAGUUCAGUUCCUUCUCGUUUCUCUACUAGAUUCGGUUAAGGCUUUGGCUUGCUCACGAUUUUAUAGAUGCAGUUACAGGAUUUUAUGAUUAUCUAAAAAUUACAGGAUUUUAUGCAUAACUGAUAGCUCCGCACCUCUUUGUUGAUUUCGCAGCCGAUUUUUGGUGGAGAUGCUGAUUUGGUAUAGCUUUUUUUUGGUGUCAAAACGUUGUUUCUUUCUUUCCGAUUCUUCCACCUGUAAUUCCUGCUUCAUCAGGGAACGGCAGCAACAGAACAUUUUGAUCUCUAGAAAUAUAGUAUUUUUGGAACAACUAUCCUUGUGCUGAUCGUGGAUGUGCUAUGGUUAAGGUGAAGGCGAAGAAAAGGAACACUAAGAAUGGGUAAGAAAGGCAAGUGGUUUAGUGCUGUCAGGAGAGUCUUCAGCUCCUCUGAUCCGGAGGCGAAGGAAGCUAAGGCUGAGAAGGCGGACAAGCCGAAAUCCAGGAAGAAAUGGCCAUUUGGCAAGUCAAAACACUCUGAUCUGCCAACCUCGACAGUGUCAGGGAUCACUCUAGUAGCUCCACAGCCGCUGCCACCGCCGCCUACACAGCCUCCUCAACCACAAUCUGAGGAGAUAAAAGAUGUCAAAACAAUCGAAGCGGAAAGUGAACAAAACAAGCAUGCCUACUCGGUUGCGCUUGCGUCUGCUGUCGCCGCGGAAGCCGCCGCUGUCGCUGCCCAGGCCGCUGCUGAGGUUGUCCGCCUCACAGCAGUCACCACAAGCACACCAAAAGCGGCUGUUUGCUCAAAGGAAGAGCUUGCUGCUGUCAAGAUUCAGACCGCCUUCAGGGGUUAUCUGGCAAGGAGAGCACUGCGGGCACUGAGGGGACUAGUUAGGCUGAAGUCACUUGUUGAUGGAAAUUCUGUCAAACGCCAAACUUCCCACACCUUGCAUUGCACACAAACAAUGACAAGAGUUCAAACCCAAAUCUACUCCAGAAGAGUGAAGCUGGAGGAGGAAAAACAGGCUCUUCAAAGGCAGCUCCAAUUAAAGCACCAACGGGAACUUGAGAAAAUGAAGAUUGAUGAAGACUGGGAUCAUAGCCAUCAAUCCAAAGAACAGAUCGAGGCCAGCUUAAUGAUGAAACAGGAAGCUGCACUAAGACGAGAAAGAGCACUUGCAUAUGCAUUUUCUCAUCAGUGGAAGAAUUCUGGUCGAACUAUAACACCAACGUUCACAGACCAAGGGAAUCCUAAUUGGGGCUGGAGCUGGAUGGAACGUUGGAUGACAGCAAGGCCUUGGGAGAACCGAGUGGUACCAAACAAAGAUCCUAAAGAUUCUGUUCUUACAAAGAAUCCCAGCACAAGCGCCAUUCGAACUUUUGUACCCCGUGCUCUCUCAAUCCAGAGACCGGCAACACCAAGCAAGUCAAGCCGUCCACCGAGCCGGCAAUCACCAUCAACUCCCCCCUCAAAGGUCCCCUCAGUUGCAGGAAAGUUCAGACCAUCGAGUCCAAGGGACAGCUGGCUCUACAGGGAUGAUGACUUGAGGAGCAUCACAAGCAUACGCUCUGAACGCCCAAGGAGGCAGAGCACAGGUGGAACCUCAGUCCAGGACGAUGCAAGCCUAACAAGCACGCCAGCUCUCCCCAGCUAUAUGCAGUCAACAAAGUCUGCAAGGGCAAAGUCCCGGUACCACAGUGGAUUCACCGACAAGUUUGAGGUUCCUGAGAGAGUAUCUCUGGUCCAUUCAUCGAUAAAGAAGCGCCUAUCUUUCCCAGCUGCAGACAAACCAAAUAUUGCGCCUGCAGAUAAGCCAAUGGAAAGAGCAAGGCGCCAUUCAGAACCUCCAAAGGUGGAUCCUGCCUCCCUGUGAAGGAUGUCUGUUUCCUGAUAUGAUCAAAUAUUCAAAUGGACAUCAGGCAUUAUGACUUAUGAGUUUUAGAUUGCCUUCUUUUCCAUCUAUGCAUUCUCUAAUUUAGAUUGCUCUCUCUCUCAAGGUUGAACCCUCCGUGAAAUGUAUGAUUUGUCUGGGUUGAUUUGAGACGAUUCUAACUGUUUACAGACAGGUUUUGCCUCUGUGGUUUGUUGUGUGUUACUGGAGAGAUGAUGUUGAGUGUGCGCGUGGCUUCGGUGUAUAUUAUGAGCUAUUGAUAACCACCAGGCUUGGAAUGUUAGACGUGGAUAUUGUUAUUUUUCUGACUGAGAUUUGCAUGUGUUGUUGACA